AUGUGCGGCAUCAGCUGUAUUCUCGGCUUGGAAGGUCAAGCGGCCCACCCCUCACCUAGCGAGCACAUCAAUGGUGUUAAUGGCCAAGUCGUGAAUGGCGAGGUUGAUUGUAAAAGACUGGAGUUGGAGAGAGAACUUGAUGCCAGCCUGGAACUCAUCAAACACCGCGGCCCCGACUCCCGCGGCCACUGGAUCAGCCCCGACAACCGCGUGGCACUCGGCCACGUCCGCCUAGCAAUCAACGACCUCACCCCCGACGGCGCCCAGCCCUUCCACGACGACGAAGACACCAUCCAUGCUGUCGUCAACGGCGAGCUCUACGACCACGAAGCCAUACGCGCCGACCUCGCCACAAAGACGAGCUACAAAUUCAAGGGCAGGAGCGACUGCGAGAUCGUCAUCGCGCUGUACAAGUACUACGGGCUGAGCUUCCUGUCGCACCUCCGCGGCGAGUUCGCGCUGUGUUUGUAUGACAGCCGGACGCAGUUCUUCGUUGCGGCGAGGGACCGGUAUGGGAUUAAGCCGCUGUUCUGGACAAGGCAGGAUGGGAGGCUGCUUGUGGCUGCGGAGGCGAAGGCGUUUUUGCCGCUGGGAUGGAGGCCGGAGUGGGAUGUUAAGAGCUUGCUGGAUGCGGGCUGGAACCAUGAUGAAAGGACGCUGUUCAAGGGCGUUGCGAAGAUUCGGCCGGGCCAUUACUUGACGUGUCAGAGCUCGGGGCAUAUCGAGCAGAGGCAGUAUUGGGACAUUGACUAUCCAGAUAAGCGAAUACCGGACCUGAGGUCUGAGGAGGAGAUGAUUGAAGGAGUUCGACAGCGCUUGCUAGACGCUAUCCGGGUUCGGCUGCGCGCCGAUGUCCCGGUCGGUGUGUAUCUGAGCGGCGGUAUUGACUCUUCUGCGAUAGCGGGUAUGGUGACACACCUGGUCGAGGAGCAAGGCGAAAAGAUGGGCAAUGAUAAGGAGACUGAACGGGUGAGCUGCUUCAGCAUCGCCUUCGACGAAGACAGCGGCUUCGAUGAAUCCUCGAUCGCAAACCGCACCGCCGACUUCCUCGGCGUCAAGUACUACAAGAAACACAUGUCCGAAGCCGCCCUCGCCGAGCGCUUCGAAGACGCAACCUGGCACUGCGAGCACCACAACCCGGACCUCAACUUCGUCGGCAAAUACGCCCUCUCCGAAGUGCCCCGCGAAGUCGGCUUCAAAGUCGUCCUCACGGGCGAAGGCGCCGACGAGUCCUUCGGCGGCUAUCCCGUCUACCUGCCGGACUACCUGCGCGAGCCCGACCGGUCCUUCCCCUCAAACCCUCUAUCGGAAGAGGAGCGGCUCAGGCAGCUCGAGCAGACCGAGAUCGCCGCGACGGAGUAUUACAGCAGCGUAGGCGCCGACGCCUCGAACCGCGGGCCCUCGCUGGCCCGCCGCAUGCUCAACAACAUCACGACCGUCUCCUCCAUGGCCGCCUUCUCGCUGACCGUCUACGCGCCCUGGACGGCCUGCUACGGCGCGUGCGACGCGCAGCAGACGAUCGCCAACAGCGCCGACGGCACCAAGCGCGACCUCAUAGCAACGAGGUGGCAUCCGCUGCACGCGGCGCAGUACGUGUGGUCCAAGGGCCACCUCGCGAACAUCUUCCUCACGUGUCUGGGCGACCGGACCGAGAUGGCGCACUCGAUUGAGGCGAGGACGCCGUUUCUGGACCACGUGCUGGCCGAGUAUGUCAACGGGUUGCCGCCGAGUGUCAAGAUUCGGUGGGAUGCGGGGGAGAAGCGGUUCACGGAGAAGUGGAUCUUGAGGGAGGCGUGUAGGCCGUUCAUCACGAGGGAGCUGUACGAGAGGAAGAAACAUCCCUAUUCGGCGCCGACGACCUAUCCGACUGGCGGUCCCCUGCAUAAACUCCUCUCCGGGCUCAUAACGCGGGAGAAUGUGGAGAGUCUUGGGUUUGUGGAUUGGAGCAAGGCUGAAGGGCUGGUGGAAAGAGCGUUCAUGCAGGAUGAGCCGUUGGCGAUGCGCUUUGCUUUCACGAUCGCCCAGUGGAUCGUCAUCUCCCAGCGUUUUGGCGUUCGCAAAGCCGAACCGCCGGUGGGGUGGAAGGAAGGUGUGGGUAUAAUGAGCUGA